AUGGCCAGUGAUAGCUUCAAGAAAUCGCUUUCCUCAGCACGACCGUACAUAGAAAGACUUGCAGUAGACACUGUAAAGGGAUAUGCAUUUGGCUGUGUCUUUGGAAUGUUUGUGCCUUCCAAUAGGCCACUACUCCAAUCGAUGCACAGAAGUGGAAAAAACUUUGCAAAGAUGAGUGCUGUAUACUCUGCUGUCGAGAUGUCAAUGGAAGCGACUAGGAAGAAAGAUGAUAUUCUGAACAGUGUUGUGGCAGGGGCUGCAGCGGGCGCCAUUGGUUCAAAGAAAGGAGCUGCUCCAGGGUCUGCAAUAUUUGGAAUUUAUUCUGGACUGUCGACGCUAUUUUCAACAAUCCAACGAUAA